ACUAAUGGACGUGUCGUUAAUUUGGUUGUACAGCUGUAUUGGGGGCGAAACAUACAUCUAAUCCAUCAGAAUGUCACUCAGAUGGUAGCAUAAGCCAACAGUACUAGUAGUUUCGUCCGUCUUUGGCAGCACAUUAUUUAUCACCUGACUAUCUCCGAGUCAACCAACCUUCGCUUCCGCCUCGGUGAGAAGUGUAUGUGUAGGUCAGCCAGAAAUGCGCGAUAUUGCACCACACGUGUGUCACAGCAAGCACGCAACACCGUAACCUGUAUAUAUCCCAGAACACACUAUUUAUUACUGACGGUGCCGGGAAGCCGACUGCUGAUUUGCCUUAUAUCAGCACUAUAUAGUGGGGGAAAAGGAAGUUCACCUUUCUAACCUAAACAGAAGAGCGCACGAUGUCCUGGUGUUGCUGGCUGCCCGAUUUGGGUACUGGGCUGGUGUUUGGGGUGGUGCUGCUCCUGGUGUGGUGGUGGCGGCAGUCUCGACUCAGGAAUCUCCCGCCCGGCCCCUCCGGGCAUUUCCUUUUCGGAAACCUCAAAGACUUCGGCCUAAGACCAGAGAUUAACUUCAUGAAGUUUGCCAGGCAGUACGGACCUGUUUUCAAACUGUACUUCACAAACAGACUCAUGAUUGUCCUAAAUGGAUACGACGUCAUAAAAGAGGCUUUGGUAGGCCAGGCCGACGCCUUCGCAGGUCGCCCUUCCCUCUACAUCAACAACACCGUAACUGGGGUGAACGGGUUGUCUCAACUGCCGUACGGGGAGAGACGGCUGAAAGAACAGCGAAAGUUUGCCUUCUCUUGUCUCAGGGAAAUAGGAAGGGUGGGGAAGAUCGAGCUUGAGGAGAAGAUCGCCCAGGAGAUGGAGGUGCUGUCAUCAACAUUCGACAAGAUGAAGGGGGAGCCGUUCGAGCCUUACCCGGUCAUCUUCAAGGGGGUCUCCAACAUCAUCUGUAACAUUUGUUUCGGGUCACGGUUCGAGUAUGAUGACGAGCGCUUCCAGACGCUACUCGACACGUUCGACCAGGAGAAGAACCCAACCAAGAAGGCGGCGCUCGUGCAGUUCGUGCCAUGGCUCAGGUUCCUCCCCUCCAACCGGAAGGUUCUGAACACGAUCUAUGACACGUGCGGGAAGUUUAUAGAUGUAAUAAAAGGAAUAGUAGAAGAACACAAAAAGCAUUUCCGUCCUGAGAACGAAGUUUAUGACGUCAUCGAUGCUUUCCUUUUGGAACAACACAACGCGCGGGAAAACGGAGAUCACAGCACAUCUUUUACAGAUGACCAGCUCAACUGGUUCUUGGGAGAUAUGUAUAUUGCCGGAAGUGAGACCACCACGCGGACUCUCGUCUGGUCUUUGGCGCUCCUGGUGGCCCACCCAGAAGUUUACAGACGCAUACAAGCAGAAAUCAGUGACGUCAUUGGCGAUGCACGCAAUCCGAAAAUGAGUGACCGACACAAGAUGCCAUAUAUGGAAGCAACUAUACUUGAGAUCCUGCGCUACUCAACAGUGGCCCCGUUAGCUGUUCCUCAUGCAACGACGCGUGAUGUUCUUAUUGACGGCUAUAACAUCCCUAAAGACACCUUUGUGUUCCUCAACCUGUGGUCAAUCCACCACAGCGCCCACACGUGGGCAGAACCGAGCAAAUUUGACCCCAACCACUUCCUGGACGCAAAUGGUCAGGUGUGCAGACCAGAGGCCUUUAUGCCCUUCAGUGGAGGUGCCCGUGUGUGUCCUGGGGAGUCUCUGGCUAAGAUGGAUACCUUCAUGUUCCUUACCUGCCUCAUGCAGAGGUUCAGCUUCGGCCUCCCUCCGGGGGCGGACCCACUAAAGGCUGUACACAGUGAUCUAGGCACCGGGCUGCCUCCGCCCUUCAAACUCACGGCAGAGAGACGGAAGUGACCAGGAAGCCAUCUCGUCAAGGAGCUGUGAUGAACAUGUGACCGGAUAUGUGUGGGAUAAAAGUGUAGUGAAGCCUUGUACUGAAACAGUGAACUCCUCCAACAAACCGCGAGACUAUAAAAGAGACAUGAAAUAUACAGCUGAGUAGCCAACUAGCGUGUGUUAACACAUCAAAUACGCCAAAAUAUGUUCAUUAACAUUCCCAAUGACAUUGUCAUUGUAUCCUGGAUGACGGUCUUCUGACAGUUCCUAUUUGGGUUGAAGUUAUGAUCACCCAGUGUCAUGAAUGUCAGCAACAACUGGAAAUGGGAAGAACUCCAUUGCUCCAACAAGAAUAAUGAGUGAGUGAGUUGGGUUUAACGCCGCUUUUACUUAACGACAUCCAGUCACAAAGAGUACUGGAUGUGUCAUUAGGAUCAAACAAUCAGUCAGGGACACUGAUGUGGUCUUGGGUGCCAUGUAAGAUGUGUUCAGGGAAUAAAGGCUUAACGCCACAUCUGCCAUGUUGCAGGUAUUGGUGGCGUAGUCCGAGAAGAUGCCACGUUAAACGUUAAGUGACGAGUGAGCUGACAUAGGUUGUUGGUUGUUGUUCAGACAUGCAGGAGCUAUGGGAGCUCUGAUUCAGGAGAGAACAGAGAGUAAAUACGUGUAUUUGUUUUA